AAAGGCAGAUCACCAUGCAGAGCCUCAGCAAGGAAAACCGCAGCUCUGUGUCCGAGUUCAUCCUCCUCGGCUUCUCCAGUGAGACACAGGUCGGAAUGGCCCUGUUUGCCCUCUUCCUGCUCCUCUACCUCACCACCCUUGUGGGCAACGGACUCAUCGUCAUGCUUAUCUACCUGGACUCACACCUCCACACGCCCAUGUACCUUUUUCUCAGCGUCCUCUCUCUGGUGGACAUGAGCUAUGUCACUACCACUGUGCCCCAGAUGUUGGUUAAUAUGGUGUGUCCGCGGAGGAGCAUCUCCUGGGGAGCUUGUGCAGCCCAGAUGUUCAUCUUCUUGGUCCUGGGCAUUGCUGAGUGUGUCCUCUAUGCCAUUAUGGCCUAUGACAGGUACGUUGCCAUUUGCUUCCCCCUUCGCUAUAUGCUACUCAUGAGCCAUUCCAUUUGUGUCACGAUGAUUAUAGUUUGUUGGUCCAUUAGCAUAGCUGGGGCCCUGAUCCUCACUGUCUUCACCAUGCAUCUGCCUUAUUGUGGCCCCUACAAGAUAAACCACUUCUUCUGUGAGGUCCCUGCUGUCCUGAAGUUGGCCUGUGCAGACACAUCUUUUAAUGACAGGCUGGACUUCAUCUUGGGUUUCAUCCUGCUUUUGGUCCCACUCUCCCUCAUCCUGGCCUCUUAUGUCUUCAUCUUUGCCUCUAUCUUCAGAAUCCGCUCAGCGCAGGGGAGGCUCAAGUCCUUCUCCACGUGUGCUUCCCACGUCACUGUGGUCACCAUGUUCUAUGGGCCGGCCAUCAUCAUGUACAUGAGGCCCGGUUCUUGGUAUGACCCAGAGCGGGACAAGAAGCUAGCGCUGUUCUACAAUGUGGUCUCUGCCUUCCUCAAUCCCAUCAUCUACAGCCUCAGGAACAAGGAUGUAAAGGAGGCCUUUCUGAAAAUAUUUAGAGUCAGAACGACAGCUUAAUGUCUCAAGAUGUUUGAGUUGUCCAUAGUCACGGGCAUACUGGAUGCGCUCAUUUGGUACCACACAGGUACCUCAUCUGACCAACCUGAGUCUUCCUGCAGCUGCGAGCAGCCAGAAGAGGGUGUGGCCAGCCCUAACCUGCAAGUCCUCUAUCACUGGUUGGAAAAUGUUCAGCUCCCACCACCCAAACACUCAGUUGAGUACUGAAGGCAAAGGAUUUCUUUACGACUGUGUCCUUGUGGUUCGUGGCCAUUGCUUUUGUGCUUUUCCUGGGUUCUCUCCUUACCUCUGGAAGUUUAUGUGAGUUCAGCAUGAUGGCAGUCACAUGUUUAACAUGUACACAUGCUCUUUCACAGUGUGAAAACGACACAAAGAGUCAUUUGGGGUAAAAAUUGCAUAAAGAGCAGCAGAUUAUGCAGGGACACAGUCUUGCAUUACUGUCUAACAAACACAAGUAAUAUUUAGCAUUGCUUCGUACACUAGGCGCUUAGAAAAUCAGAGCUAGAAUUAUUUUAGACAUAUGCGAAACAACAUGGCUAAUAACUAGUCUAGUCUGGUCUGGGCUCAGCUUGUAGAAUUGACUCUUACCUGAUCAGUUUAAAAUUUACAUUUUCAAUCUCAUUUUUUUGGGCAAAAGAUUUGAAUAGACAUUUCUCAAAUGAAGGCAUACAUAUGACAAACAGGCAUAUGAAAAGGGGCUCGACAACCCUGAUCAUCAGAGAAAUGCAAAUCAAAGCUACAAUGAGAUAUCAUCUCGCCCCCAGUUAAAAUGGCUUUUAUCCAAAGGUCAGGAAAUAACAAAUGCUGGUGAGGAUGUGGAGAAAAGGAAGCCCUCAUACACUGUUGGUGGGAAUGUAAAUUGGUACAACCACUAUGGAGAACAGUUUGGAAGUUCCUCGAGAAAUUAGAAGCAGAGCUAUCAUGCAAUCCAGCAAGCAACCACACUGCUGGUUCUGUACCCAAGGAAAGGAAAUCAGUGCAUUCAAGAGAUUUCUGUACUCCCAUGUUUGUUGCAGCGCUGUUCACAAUAGCCAAAAUUUGGAAUCAACCUAAAUGUUCAUCCACAGAUAAAUGGAUAAAGAAAACAUGGCACCUGUACACAGUGCGAUACUACUCAGCCUAGAAAAGAAUGAGAUUCUAUCAUUUGCAACAACAUGGAUGGAAAUGGAGUUCAUUAUGUUAAGCGAAAUAAGGAAGGCACAGAAAGACAAUCUUUACAUGUUCUCACUUAUUUAUGGGAUCUAAAAAAUCAGAGCAAUUGAACUCAUGGAAGCAGAGAACAGAAGGAUGGUUACCAGAGGUUAGGAAAGGUAAUGAAGGUUGGAGGGACUAGCAGAGGAGGUGAGUACCGUUACAGGGUACCAAAAAAUACAAAGAAUGAAUAAGAUGCAGCGUUUGAUAGCACUAUAAUAAAUAAUAAUUUAAUUCUGUAUUUAAAAACAACUUAAAGAGUAUAAUUGGAUUGUCUAUAAAACAAUGGAUAAAUGCUUGAGAGGUUAGAUACUCCAAGACUACAAUGUUGUCUCUGCCUUCCUCGGUCUCAUCAUCUAUAGAUCCAGGAACAAGGAUGUAAAGGAGGCCUUCCUGAAAAUAUUUAAAGUCAAAAUUAUGUGACUCUAAUUCAAAGAAUUAUAUGAUUAUUAUGGAUUGUUUGCCUGUACUAACAUAUCUCAUGUAUCCCAUAAAUAUAUCCCCCUACUAUGUACCCAUAAAAAUUUAAAAAUAAAUAAAUAAAUCUCAUUUUUAUUUGAGAAAACAGACACAAGCUAAUCACCCCUUAUCAGAUAUACUUGGAACCAGAAGCAUUUCAGAUUUUGGCUUUUUUCAGAUUUUGGAAUACUUGUAUUACACUUACUGUUUCAGCCCCCCUCAUCUGAAAAUCGGAAAUCUGAACACUCCAAUGAGAAUUCCUUAGAGCAUCAAGUUGGCACUCAAAAGAUUUUAGAUUUUGGAGGAUUUCAAAUUUUGGAUAUUUGGAUUAGGAACACUUAACCCAUAUAUACAUUUCAUAAAAGAAAAAUAUAUGUGUGCAUCAAUGCAUAUCUAUAUAUGCACCUAUCAAUAGAUGCAGAGAUAAAAAUAGAGAUACCAAAACAGAGAUUAUAGAAAAUUAUAUAACAAAGAUUUCAUCUUCCCCCACAUGAAAGAAACAUUUGUUAAUAUUUUGCCAUUUUUAGUCUGUCUCAUUUUUUUAAAGGAUUGCCUAAUAACAGAUAAAGUUGAAGUGCCCUUUGAACAUUUCAAAUUUCCCUGAACCAACCACAAUUGCAUCCAUGAGCAAUGCAUAGGAUUGUUCUUGUGUGUGUUAAAAAUUUUUUUUUUGAAAGAAAGAAAGAAAAAGAGAAAUGGGGAGAGAGAACAGGAGUCUUGCUCUAUUGCCCAGGCUGGAAUGCAAUGUAAAAAUAGGUAUUGAAAACAUCUUUUAUGCUGAUAAUUGUGCUUAACAGCAGAGACAGGAAGGAAUAAGGGAAGAAAAUAACAAACAGCCAACCAAUAUUUCGUUUAAGUCUGUGAAAUGCUAUGCAAAUGCUGAAGAGUGGUUUACUUCCAAUUAUGUGGUCACUUUCAAAAUAGGUGUAAUGUGAUACUGAGAAAAAUGUAUGUUCUGUGGAUCUGGGGUGUAGAAUUCUAUAAAUAUCCACUGAGUUUACUUGUUCCAGGUCUGAGUUCUAAUCAUAGAUGUCCCUGUUAAUUUUCUAUCUCAUUGAUCCGUCGAGGAUUAACAAUGUGGUGUCAGAGUCUCCCACUAUUAUUGUGCGGGAGUCCAAGUCUCUUUAUAAGUCAUUAAGAACUUGUCUUAUGUAUCUGGGUGCUCCUGUAUUGGGUGCAUAUAUAUUUAUGAUCAUUGACUCCUGUUGUUGUAUUGAUCCUUUACCAUUAUGUAAUGUCCUUCUUUGUUUCUUUUAGUCUUUGUUACCA